ACGGUGUUGAAGUAGUCGUUGAGCUCGGGGUGGUCCCUCAGCAUGUUGCGGUAGAAGAUGGUGGUGAUACGCUCUCCAUGGUCGGUGAGAGCCGGGAUGGUGCCCCGGAUGAGCUUGCUCUGUUGGUAAGACAAAGCCAUUGUGAUUGUAUGUGAUGGAGGAUCCGAGGGUGUUGAUGGAGGAGAUGAGACGGAGUAGUUAUACUACAGCAAAGACUGAUCUGGGGACUCUCGUGCAGGGAUGUAAUGUUGCAAUUGAGAUGUUGAUGGUUGCUGCUCUUAUUAAUGACGGCCGGCCGAGUAAUACACCAAGAGAGUAUGAUGAUGAGAACAAGGGAGGGGGAGGUGGUUUAUAAAGAAGGACUCGACUCGGACAGGAUACAGAAGCA